CGCCGGCCCGCACGUCCUCGUCUCCUUGGUCUUCCUUUGGCCCGGCGGCGCUUUUGCGCCAUUCGUGACCGUGACAAACAUGGAGACCCUGGAGUUUAAUUUGGGCCGGCCCGACCGGCGUCAACCCUUCCCGAGCGCCGCCUCGUUGUUGACCCGGCCGCUCGUCCCCGCGGGACGUUGGCCUAUAAGGCCAACCGCGCAGCCCGGACUCCGGACUCCUUCCUGUGGCCGACGAAUCGCGCGGACCGGCAGCAGGAUGUCGGCUGGGAACCGGUCGCACGGCAGCUUCGUGUUGAACGGGUUCCCCGCGCUCGACGGGCGGCGUUGGGUCCUGGCGCCGCCGCUGGCCGUCGCCUCCGCGCUGGCGCUGCUGGCCAACGCGCUUCUGCUUUACGUCGUCGUCUCCGUCCAGCGUCUCCGCAGCCCCAUGUACCUGCUGAUCUGCACCCUGUGCCUGGUGGACAUGCUGGCCGUGGCCGCCGUGGUGCCCGGCGCGCUGGCGAGUCUGCUGGUCGACGGCAAGCGCGUGUCCCUGGCCGGCUGCCUGGCGCAGAUGUUCGGCACCCACUUCCUGUCGUCGGCGGAGUCCACCCUGCUCCUGGCCAUGGCGCUGGACCGCUACGCGGCCGUGUGCCACCCGCUGCGCUACGGGCGGCUGGUGGGGCGGCGGGCGCUGGCGGCGCUGGCGCUCUUCACCUCGGCCCGCAGCGGCGCCGUCAUGGCCGCCCUGGUGGGCCUGGCGGGCUCGCUGCGCUUCUGCGCGUCCGACGUGAUCCGCCACUGCUACUGCGACCACAUGGCGCUGGUCAGCCUGGCCUGCGGCGACACCGGGCGCAGCGCCGCCGCCGGCGUGGCCGUCAUCGCCUGCUUUGUGGGCGUGGACAUCCCGCUCAUCCUCUUCUCCUACCUGAAGAUUCUGGGCGCGGCGAUGCGAACGGCGGCCCCCGGGGACGAGCGUCGCAAGGCCUUCCGCACGUGCGGCACCCACCUCACGGUGAUGACUGUGUUCUACCUGGUCGGCAGCGUCACGUUCCUCUCGCGCAACCUCGGCCUGGCCAUCCCCACCGACGCCAACAGCGCCAUGGGGCUCCUGUACAUCCUGACCCCGGCCGCCGCCAACCCCGUCAUCUACGGCGCGGGCACCGCAGAGAUCAGGAACGGCUUCCGCCGGCUCCUUGGCCUCGGGCACGCCGGCAAGGCCAAGGUCUCGCCCGCCGACGCCGCCGUCCGGAUGCCAAGGCGCCGAAAUGACGCCGCCGUCGCCCCCGACCGCCGCUGAACAACAGAACGUACGUGCGCUUUUCCAAUGAAAAUACAGAUUUCUUUCUUUCUUGACAAA